UUCAUCCACUGAUCAAAUCAAAAGGAAAAAAAAUCAUUAUUCAUUCACAUCAAAAGAUGAACAAUCAUUCUCAUCAAAAGCCUCAUAUUGUUUGUUUCCCAUUCCCAGCACAAGGCCAUAUAAACCCUUUCAUGCAAUUAGCUAAACUCCUUCAUUCCCAUGGCCUUCAUAUAACCUUCAUUAACACAGAGUUCAUCCACAAACGCUUAGCCAAUUCCUUCGGUCCAGACUUUGCCAAGGGCUUACCGGGCUUCAAGUUCGAGAUGAUACCGGACGGUUUGCCGCCGUCAGAGACGGAUACUACACAGGAUAUUCCGGCACUCGUUGAUUCAACAAGGAAUCACUGCUAUGCUCCGUUUAAAGAGUUGAUAGGGAAGCUAUUGGACUCAUCACCUCCAGUUAGCUGCAUAAUCGCUGAUGCAAAUAUGAGCUUUGCAGAAAAAGUUGGAAAUGAAUUUGGAAUACCAGAGAUUCGGUUUUGGACUGCCUCAGCUUGUGGCUUGUUGGGAUAUUUGCAGUACGAUGAGCUUGUUCAAAGAGGCAUUUUACCAUUCAAAGAUGAAAGUUUUGCCAAUGAUGUUACUUCGGAUACAGCUUUAGAUUGGGUCACAGGAAUGGAAAAUAUUCAACUAAAAUACCUUCCAAACUUUACAAGGUUAACAAGCUCAUUACAUAACUCAUUGCUUGAUUUCAAAGCUUCUAUAUCAAAAGAUUGCAUCACAUCAUCUUCCAUCAUCAUUAACACAUUCCAAGAAUUGGAAAGUGAAGCUCUUAAAGUCAUCAUGACCAAGAACCCAAAUGUGUACAACAUUGGCCCACUUCACUUGCUCAGUAGGAACCAUUUCAUUCAAGAGAAGAAAAAUGAGUUCAAAUCAUGUGGAUCAAGCCUCCGGCAAGGUGACACAAAAUGCGUCCAUUGGCUAGAUCAGUGGAAACCUUGCUCAGUCAUUUAUGUGAAUUAUGGAAGCAUAGCUAUGAUGACUGAGCAAAACUUGAAGGAAUUUGCAUGGGGAUUAGCAGACAGCAAGCAUCCAUUUUUGUGGAUAGUAAGAUCUGAUUUGGUCAAAGGUGAGACUAAAACAUCAAAUCUUCCUAAAGAGUUCUUAGAUGAGAUCAAUGAUAGAGGAUACAUCACAAGUUGGUGUCCUCAAGAACAAGUUUUGGCUCAUCCAUCCAUUGGGGUGUUUCUGACACAUUGUGGAUGGAAUUCUACAUUGGAAAGUAUAUGUCAAGGUGUGCCUAUGAUUUGUUGGCCUUCUUUUGGUGAGCAACCAACAAAUUGUUGGUUUGCUUGCACAAGAUGGGGCAUAGGGAUUGAGGUCAAGCAUGAGGUAAAUCGAGAAGAGAUAGCUGCUAUUCUGAAGGAAGCAAUGGAGGGAGAUAAGGGGAAGGAUAUGAGAAGAAUGAGUUUGCAGUGGAAGAAAAAAGCAAUGGAAGUUACUAAUGAAGGAGGAUCAUCUUAUAAGGAUUUCAAAAGGUUAAUGCAAGAUAGACUCCUUGUGACAAUGAAUAGUUCUGCACAGGUGUAGUACAUGUUUGAGUUCCUCUUCACUAGUUUGGGACUCAAUCAAGUAUGCUUCUGAAUUCCCCAUUAAGAGAUGGCUGUGUACAUGAUGAGUCCUAUUCUAUUUUUUUUAAAACCUAUUUUUCUGAGCACUUUACUUAAAUUUGUCAUCUUAGGGAAUCUAUGCAACAUACUAAAUAGAGAUGAAUCUUAUUCAUCUGUUUCUAGCUUUUGUUCUUUAAACUUCAAUUGAAAUUCAAUUUAGAAGAUCUUGAUCCCCAUCCAUCUUUUGA